AGUGGAGAAGAGGAGAACCCCGAGUUGGAAGUAACCGAACCAGGCAUCCCCUAUUCUUUCUUUCCAAACAAGAAAAAGGAGUUACCGCCUCUACCCUUCUCCCCCUUUUAUAAACCAACCCCGCCUCCAUUGUUCAGAUCCCCAAACGCUGUUUCCCGUCUUCCGGAUUUUCUUCGCUCCCUUAACGCUUUGCUUUCUUCUCCGACCAUGUCUAACCAAGCUGAAUCAUCUGACUCUAAGGGGACGAAGAGGGAUUUCAGUACCGCGAUCUUGGAGAGGAAGAAGGCGCCCAAUCGGCUUGUUGUUGAUGAGGCAAUCAACGAUGAUAACUCCGUUGUCGCUCUCCAUCCUGACACCAUGGAGAAGCUCCAGCUCUUCCGUGGUGACACCAUCCUGAUUAAGGGGAAGAAGAGGAAGGACACCAUUUGCAUUGCUCUUGCUGAUGAGGCAUGUGAUGAGCCAAAGAUUAGGAUGAACAAAGUUGUGAGGUCAAACUUGAGGGUUAGGCUUGGAGAUGUUGUCUCUGUGCAUCAAUGCCCUGAUGUCAAAUAUGGGAAACGUGUGCAUAUCUUACCUAUUGAUGACACAAUUGAAGGGGUUACUGGAAAUCUCUUUGAUGCUUACUUGAAGCCUUAUUUCCUGGAGGCAUACCGACCAGUGAGGAAGGGUGAUCUCUUCCUUGUGAGAGGUGGAAUGAGAAGUGUAGAAUUCAAGGUUAUCGAGACUGAUCCAGCUGAGUAUUGUGUGGUUGCUCCAGACACUGAGAUUUUCUGUGAGGGAGAGCCUGUCAGUAGGGAGGAUGAGAAUAGAUUAGAUGAGGUUGGUUAUGAUGAUGUUGGUGGUGUGAGGAAACAGAUGGCUCAGAUUCGGGAAUUGGUUGAGCUUCCAUUGAGGCAUCCACAACUUUUCAAAUCAAUUGGUGUGAAGCCACCAAAAGGAAUUCUGCUAUAUGGACCUCCUGGAUCUGGGAAGACUCUGAUUGCCCGUGCUGUUGCAAAUGAAACUGGUGCUUUCUUUUUCUGCAUUAAUGGACCAGAGAUCAUGUCAAAGUUGGCAGGAGAGAGUGAAAGCAAUCUCAGGAAAGCAUUUGAGGAAGCCGAGAAGAAUGCACCAUCCAUUAUUUUUAUUGAUGAGAUUGACUCAAUUGCUCCCAAGCGAGAGAAGACACAUGGAGAAGUGGAGAGAAGAAUUGUCUCUCAACUCCUAACACUCAUGGAUGGGCUGAAAUCCCGUGCACAUGUUAUUGUUAUUGGGGCCACAAAUCGGCCAAAUAGUAUUGAUCCAGCUCUCAGAAGGUUUGGAAGAUUUGAUAGGGAGAUCGACAUUGGUGUUCCAGAUGAAGUGGGACGCCUUGAGGUUCUUCGUAUCCACACAAAGAACAUGAAGCUUGCUGAAGAUGUUGAUUUAGAAAGAAUUGCCAAGGACACACAUGGUUAUGUUGGUGCUGAUCUUGCAGCACUCUGUACUGAGGCAGCACUUCAGUGCAUCAGAGAGAAGAUGGAUGUGAUUGACUUGGAAGAUGAGUCAAUAGAUGCUGAAAUACUCAACUCUAUGGCAGUAACAAAUGAGCACUUCCAAACAGCUCUUGGAACAAGCAAUCCAUCAGCACUGCGUGAAACUGUUGUUGAGGUGCCCAAUGUCUCUUGGGAAGAUAUUGGAGGUCUUGAGAAUGUUAAGAGGGAGCUUCAAGAGACUGUUCAAUAUCCAGUUGAGCAUCCUGAGAAGUUUGAGAAGUUUGGAAUGUCACCCUCAAAGGGAGUUCUUUUCUAUGGUCCUCCUGGAUGUGGUAAAACCCUUUUGGCCAAAGCUAUUGCCAAUGAAUGUCAGGCAAACUUCAUCAGUGUCAAGGGCCCAGAAUUGCUUACAAUGUGGUUUGGAGAGAGUGAGGCCAAUGUUCGAGAAAUUUUUGACAAGGCUCGCCAAUCUGCACCUUGUGUCCUAUUCUUUGAUGAGCUUGACUCCAUUGCUACCCAGAGAGGAAGCAGUGUAGGUGAUGCUGGGGGUGCUGCAGAUAGAGUUCUAAACCAACUUCUGACAGAGAUGGAUGGCAUGAAUGCCAAGAAAACUGUUUUCAUUAUUGGAGCCACCAACAGACCAGAUAUCAUUGAUCCUGCACUUUUACGUCCAGGUCGUCUUGAUCAGUUGAUCUAUAUUCCCCUCCCUGAUGAGGAAUCUCGCCAUCAGAUUUUCAAGGCAUGCUUGAGGAAAUCUCCUCUUUCUAAAGAAAUUGAUCUCAGAGCCCUUGCCAAGUAUACUCAAGGCUUCAGUGGUGCUGAUAUUACUGAAAUAUGCCAGCGUGCAUGUAAAUAUGCCAUAAGAGAGAACAUUGAGAAGGAUAUCGAGAGGGAAAGGAGGAGAAGGGAGAACCCUGAAGCCAUGGAGGAAGAUGUUGAGGAUGAAGUGGCUGAAAUCAAGCCUGCACAUUUCGAGGAGUCAAUGAAGUAUGCUAGGAGGAGUGUUAGUGAUGCUGACAUCCGCAAAUACCAAGCAUUUGCCCAGACAUUGCAGCAGUCACGUGGAUUUGGCACCGAGUUUAGGUUUGCUGAAACUGGUUCAAGGGCUGCCGGAUCAGAUCCUUUUGCAGCUUCUGCUGGUGGUGCGGACGAAGACGACCUCUACAGUUAAAGUAGCUUCAGUUUAUUUGUUUAAUAGCUACAUUCGUAUGUAUUCUGUAUUUAAUUGACUAUUGAAAAGGGUUUCUGGUGGUGCAUCCAUCUGAGCUCAGAAGGUCCUGGGCUUUAGACGGUAAAGUCCUCCUGGCUAUCCAAUGGAGUUGAUAGAACAGCAUUUACACUUUCCAAAUUUCAAGGCUAUUUAUAAUUGGACAAGGUGAAUUCUG